AUGCACCUGCAUUUGCUGUCCAUUGAUGAGAGUUAUGUGAACUGCAUUGAGAAAGGACCUCAUGUUCCCAUGAAGGUCUGCACUAGUAUUGGAGCUGAUGGUGAAGACAUGGUUAAAGAUUCAAACUUGAAGUUCUUGAGAGCUCUUCCCAAAGAAUGGAAACCCAUGACAGUCUCUCUUAGAAACACUCAAGAAUUUAAGGAUUACACUCUUGAGAGACUGUAUGGAACUUUGAAGACCUAUGAGCUUGAAAUGGAACAAGAUGAAAAGGAUAAGGGAAAAUCUCAAGUUGAAGAAACGGAGAAGUUGGUCAACGAAGAGAACUCAGAAUCAAGCAAGGGUAAAGGAAAAGAUAUAGCUGAUUCUGGUGAAGCAAGUGAUGGGAUUGAUGAGCACUUGGCCUUCCUAUCAAGAAGAUUCUCCAAACUGAAAUUCAAGAAGAAUUUCAAUCCUGCUAAAUCAUUUAAGAGCAUUUCCAAGCCUGACAGAAGCAUGGUGGAUAGAUCCAAAUUUAAGUGCUUCAACUGUGGAAAUGCAGCCAAAGAUGAUCUUUUGGUUGUUUUAAAAAGAGAAGAGAUCAUUAGAAAACAGUUUGAAAAGGAACAAGAAAUAAUUGCUAAAUGGAAAUCAGGGAGAGAUGUUUCCACUAAUAUCAUCAACAUGCAAGGUAGAGAAACCUUUGUUGUGAAUGAAUUGAAAAGAGACAAGAAAGCUCUUGAGAUCUCAGAGGACAAUUCAAGUGAUGAAAAUACUGAUGAUGAUCAUCAGUUGAAAACUAAAGCUUCAACUGAUGAAAGUCAUCAGUUGAGCAAAAAUUCAUCAGUUGACAAGAAAACUCUCAAGAAGCUCAACAAGAAAUAUGGUCCUGUUAAGAAGAACUUUGUCAAAGGUGAGAAUAAUUCCUCUGAAACUAGUGAGAGUGUUAACAACAUUCAUAACUCUAGUAACAAGACUAAGAAGAAAUUGGAUGCUAGUGAGUCUAAAUCAGAAGAGACUAAAAAGAAAAAGGGAAAUAGGAAUGGUAAGAUUGGAGUCAAUAAGCACACUAAUUACACACCCAAUGCUAGUGCUCCUAGGAAAACUUUUAGCAAAUGUGGUAGUGUAAAUCAUUUAUCUGCUAAUUGUAAAACUGUGAUUGCUCCUAAUUUACCAUUACCUAUUCAUAUGCCAUCUGUUCCUCACAUGAACCUGCCUGCUAUGAACAUGAUGCCUGGUUUAUUGCCUCACAACUCUUACUCUCAAGCUGGCAUGCCAUAUAUGUUCAAUCCAUAUUUCAAUGCUUUUAAUAUGCCUCAAUUCCAUUCAAAUCUUCAUGGCAUAAACAAUGGAAACCAUAAGAAGAAUUUGUGGUACUUAGAUAGUAAAUGCUACAGGCACAUGACUGCAAAAGAGAAUGUCAUCAUAGAUGAAGUUGCAUUGGUGUCUGGUCUUAAGAAUAAUUUGCUGAGCAUUAGUCAACUCUGUGACAAAGGAUACAAGGUCAAUUUCACUCCUGCAGCCUGUGUUGUCACCAAAGGAGAUGACAGCAAUGUGGUACUAAUUGGACAAAGAAAAGGAAAUGUGUAUGUAGCUGACUUCAAUUCUGUCAAGUCUGAAUCAAUCACUUGUUUCUCAGCAAAGCAAGCUCAGAUGACAGUUGGCUAUGGCACAAAAGAUUGUCUCAUUUAA